UUAUUUUUUAAUUAUAUAUUUAAUCUGUGCAAAUGAAAUGAAUUAUGAAAAAAAUCCUAUAGAACGUGCAUUGAAUUGAAGACAUUUUGAAAAUAGUUUUUUUUUAUUAUUGUAGUGAUUGAAACUUCAAUUUUAUUUCAUAAAUGUUCAAUAUUUUUUUUUGCAUUUUGUUAUUAAAUUAUCAAAUUGUUUUCUGAAUAUUUUAAUACGGUUGUUUUAAUUGGCCCAAUAUACAAAAGUGUGUGAAAAACAAACAAAAAUUGAGUUAUAGUGUUGCCAUUUUACAAAAAAAUUGGUUACGAACAUAUAAAUGCUGAUAAACAGUUGGGUAUGUGGAUUACAUGCUUUUAAAUAAUACUUUUUAUAUCAAAAUACGAUGCACAAGAUAGCAUGUCGGCUGCAAUCAACUUAUCUCAAGAUAAUAAUAAUGAUUUAAUGGAAAAUGUCGGCCACAGUCGCCUUCUUAAAUUCAUCGUCAAUGGAAAUAAAUUAAAUAAAAUGGCAACACCGGUUUUCAAAAUUGAGUUCGAGAACAUAACCCCAUCUAACAUCGAAAGCGAAGUACCAGGCAAGCAGGAGUUGCGAGAAGGUUACGACGCAACUGUAGAACAAGCCAUGCAAAACUCAACCGUGGCUCUUCACGACAAGGUCGAAAAUCCAAAAGACUAUGUUCUAUCCCCGGUCAUAACAGUGACGAAGCAAGAGGCAGAAUUUACUAAAGGAGAUUUAAAACUGCAAAAAGUUUCCGUUACGGAAAAUAUAUCGGAAGAGAAUCCGAAAAUUCAUUCUGACGUGAUAAAGGAACAUCAACCAGUACGGGUGAUGGAUAAUGAUGGUAGAAUCAGGACUAGGAUUCCAAAACUGAAGCAGGUGGUGGAAGCCAUCAGAGACAGGAGAGGAUUCAGUGAUAAGAAUGAUGAGGUCCCACCAACGAGGCUGAUGCAGAAACGCUCCUCUAUACCAAGACUCAAAGACAGUAGAAUACCACCUCCACUAGACAGGCGUGCCUCUAAAAGUGACAUAAAAGCGGAAACACCCCAACCGGAGGAAGAAUUUGAAAAGAUAUACGACGAAAUUGUUGUUAGCGAACCGAAAGAAAUUAUGGCUGAAAUAGAUAACGUGAAAGUAGAAGACCCAGAAAAGAUUGAAAACAAAUUCGAGGAAAUCAUACACGAUUACGAAGAUAACAAAGUGCAGCCUAUUACUGUAGAUGUGCCUGUUGAAAGGCCGAGAUACUCAAAAAUACCGCUAUCGAAGCGCAAAAGUGAACAAGAAAUUAAAAUACCUAAAGUCGAUGAAAAAGCUAUACCUAAAAAGGAUGAAAAUAAAGUUGAAAAUAUUGAUACGAAGAUACCUAUUCCUAAAGAUGAUCCACAUAGAUCAAUACGAAGUAAAUACAGUUUCGCUAGAAGUAACAGUAAACCGAAUAAUGAAAAUUUAAAUAAAAUUGCUGAUAAUAAUCAGGAUGCAAUAAAUACUCCAAGCGAGAAAAACUAUUUCCAUAAUGAGAUUUCAUAUAUCGAACCUGUAAAAAUGACAACACAAAAAUUAGUUGAAACAAAAAUAGAAGAAGUCGUUAUCAAUAAAAUUGAUACAGCAAAUCACAAAGAAAAAGACAUUGUGAAAAAUCUUGACAAUACAGAAUUAACGAACCCGGAAACAAUAUCUGAAGUAACACAAAACACUCAGCUUGAAUUAGGCAAAGCAAUUGAAACUGUCACGAAAGCUAAUGGAACUAUUGAGAAACAAAAUAGUCAUACAGAUUUAAAUCAAGAUGAGAUUGAGAUUAUGGACGUCAAAUAUACGCCUGGUAAAGUUAGCAGGUUGCUUCAAAGAUUACGAUCUCAGGAAUUUGGUAUUAACAAUUCUGAAUCUAAGAAAGAUAUUAUAAUUGAUGUGCCGAAGAAUAAAUCUAUUCUCUCGAAGAUCGCAAUGUUUGAAAGGCAAGAGUUGAAAGGCGAUGUAACACCCAAAUUGUCAAUUAAGCCGAAAGUUUUAAAAUCAGAUCUAACGAAAGAAAUCCUUGUAGAUAGAACGCCUAUAAUAGUCGAUGAAUUAUUGAAGGAUGAAAAAAAUACUUACUCUCCUGAAAAUGUUAAUAAAAAUAAUGAUUCCUUGCAGUUUGAUAACAACGUUACAAAAGAUUAUAUGGUAGAAAUAGUGGAAAAUAAGGUUAAAUAUCAAGAAAUUCAGAUCAUUGAUACAAACAAAUCAAAAGAUAACAUUAGGGAUACUAAAAUUUUAAAACCCGAAGUAAAUAAUCGAAUUGUUAUUGAUGAACCUAUUCUUGAGUCCACUCCUAAACUGGAUAACAUCCAAUCAGACGACAGUAUUAACGACUUUAACAAAUUAGGAAGUGAGAAAUGGACCAAUAGAGAACUUUUAGAACCACCACCUCCAAGCAUAGAAGAGAAAGUUCCAAGAAGUAUUGUUAUUGAGACAUUAGAACAUAAACCUUCAGAAUAUGAAAUUCAAGCUCCUAUUAUUAUUGAAGAAACAACUUCAAACAAUUCACACGAUGAUAUUUCUGAUAAACUCAAAAAUGAGCCUAAUAACAAUAACAUUAAAAUUGAAAUUCCUAACAAAAAAGAAACUCAAAUAGAGAGAGACAGAGAAUACAAAUCGCUAGAAAUUUAUAAUGAUGUACAUGCAGAUGAAGUAUUUACGAAUGAUGAAGUAGAGAUUAUAAAAAGAGUUAAGGAAAAUGGAGAAGUUAAACGCGAAAGACCAAAGAGUUUAGCAGAAAUGGACCUUGGAGACGCUGUUAAGGGGAAAGUGCAUCAAAUGAUAAUAAGAAUGAAUUCAACUGAGAAAAUUGAGACCAACAAAAAAGUGAUAGACCCUAGAGAGAGGCCGAGGAAAAAAUCUGUGUCCAAAAUCAUAGCUCUGUUUGAGCAGAAAUCCGCUCGGACCGAACCCACGUCCACCCAAAGACCUGUGACGACCAAAAUAACCACUCCACCUCCGGACGCGAACGAUGAGGAGUUACAGGCGAGGAUCACUGAACUAGCCAACGCUAAGUUGGUGCAUGGGAGAGCCGAGAACAUGACCUACAUGGUACUGGGUAAUGGCGUAGAAAUGCCCGUCUUGGCCCUAGGCACCGCUCUGCUGGAUAAACGUCUUGCAAAUCCUGUCGUGAAAGCUGCAAUUGACAUGGGUUACCGUGCCAUAGACACAGCAUAUAUUUAUGGCAAUGAGAAGGAAAUCGGCGAAGCUAUUCGAGCCAAGAUUGAAGAUGGGACUGUGAGACGGGAAGACCUGUUCAUUACUUCCAAGCUAUGGAGUACCUUCCACCGUCGUGACUUGGUGCCUGAAGCAUGUAACGCGUCCCUCAAGGCAAUGGGGCUGAAAUAUUUCGACUUAUAUCUGAUACAUAACCCCAUGUCGUUUAAGGAAGGCUCGGAUCCUGUUCCGAAAAUCGCUAACGUCGUACAAUACUCCACCUCUGACUUUAUGGACGCCUGGUACGGUAUGGAGACUCUUGUCACAAACGGCUCAGUCAAGAGUAUAGGAGUGAGCAAUUUCAAUACUAAUCAGGUCCAGAGAAUCCUGGAUAAGGCUAAGAUCAAGCCGGUUAUCAACCAGGUGGAAUGCCACCCAUACUUGAGUCAAGACGAACUCGCCAAGUUUUGCUCAUCCAGGGACGUGAAGCUCUCUUGUUUCGGGGUUUUGGGGUCAAAAGGUACCCCCAAAGAGUACACCAGCGGUGUUCCAGCAGUCAUCGACGACCCCAUGGUAAAAGUCAUGGCGGCAGGCCUUAAAGUUUCUCCUGCUCAGCUGCUGAUAAGGUACCAAAUAGACAGUGGUCACGCGGUCGUGGUGAAGGCAUCAACAGCUUCUCAUCUUUGGGAGAAUUUGCAGGCGCUUUUGGUAACACUCACCUCUGUUGAGGUCAACGGCCUUAACGCAUUGAAUAGAAACAGGAGGAUUUUCACAUUUAAGGGAAUGGGCGACACCCACCGCAAUUACCCCUUUAAACCCACCCCUCUACUCCUUUAAUUCGGGGGGAUUUUUUUGUGACAUUUUUCUUUUAUAAUUAAGAUUAUUUUCAUGAUUUUUUUAUCGUCUCAUUGACAUCAAUUAAUUCCUUAAUGCAUUAACACUAUGCUUGUGUUUUGAAUUUUUAGUUUUAAUAAUUAAUGUGAGGAUGAUUUCUUUAAUACUUAUUACUCAAACAAAUCGUGUUUCUCGAUCGAAAUUCUUAUAACGAGUUUUGAAACAAAAGAUUCAUAUGAAUUAUCUAAAGGCCUCAAGUAAUAAAUUGUUUUUUUAAGACGUUUACGCUCAACAAUUUGCAAACACACACACAUCUUACAACACACUAUCUACUCGUAAGUACUUACAAAGUUAAGUUGAUCUAAGAUUCUUUGUCAGGCGUUUCAGUGUCUAAAAUUAAGUGUUUAAUCCUAAAAAGCUGUAAACCUAUUGAUGUUAGGAAUUAGCAAUUUGCAAAUUUAUUUUCAAUGCAUCUUUAUGAUCUAUACUCAAUUUUAUUAUUAAAUCACCACUUAUAACAUUUAGGGUAAGUUCAUAUCGAAGACAUUUACAAAAUGCUUUUAAAUACACUUGCAAAAUAAGUUUAUAUUAAUUUUGGACGAUGUUAUUGAUUGUAACCUUAAGUGUCGUGAUGAAACCUGCACAUUCAGGCAACUGGAUGUAUAACCAUGAUCGAUCCAAUACGGGUCAGGUUCCCCUGCAAAGGUUGCGGAGAUCAGACGGGAGUCGCUUCGUGUAAAAACCUGACUCGCCCAAUCCAGGAUCCACGGUCAAAGGCAUACCCCGGGCUCCUCUCCGGAGUGGUGAGGAUGCAACCGGGACUAAAGACAGGAGAAAGAAAAAGUGUAUACCUUAAGUAAAUAAAUAAAUAAAAUGCGAGGCGACAUUUUAAUAAAGCUACCUAAUGCAAUUUGUAUAAUUCUAAUGAUAACAAGUAAUUUUUAUUAAUUAUUACUCGCUGUAAAAUGUCGCGUCCUCUCUUGUCUCGGUAUGAACUAGCCCUUAUAACACAAAGUCGCAUUGGACAUAAUUUUUGCUAUAACUCAAUUAUGAUAAAGUUCUUUAUUUUAAUGUUACUAGCUUACACCCAACGCUCCACCCGUAAAUGAAAAAUUGUCCUCCUAAAUCUUGUAUUAAGAUUUUUUUUUGUAAAAGGAUAUAUAAGUAUGAUACUUUCGUAUGUCCUUUAAUAUCUUUACAAUUGUGAAUUAGUAAUAAGCGAUUUACUUAAUGUAAGUUUUUUUAAGAAAUGAAUAUUGUCAUUCGCUUUUGAAUUGUAAUUUUGAAUGAAUAAAUGACUUGCUUUAAAUUUUUUUAUUUCAACCA